UACCGAUUCCAUCGUCGCUCUGACUCAAAAUCCGCCGAAGAAACCUCUUUCACUAAGAAACCAUACUCUAACCAGAAUAAUCAAUCUUCCCGUCAACACACGAACACCGCCGCAUCGGAGAAACAAACCGAUCAAGAACUUCGGUUCACCACGUCCAGAUUUCACAAUGUCUUCGCUGCUCGAAGGAAUCCCAGAAGCAGUCGCUCUUCGAUGCCUCGCUCACGUCCCAUUACACCAUCACCCCAACCUAGAGCUCGUCUCCCGCUCCUGGCGUUCAGCUACACGCAGCCACGAGCUUUUCCAAGUCCGCAACGAACUCAAAUCAUCCGAAAAUCUCCUCUGCGUCUGCGCCUUCGAGCCGGAGAACACGUGGCAAGUCUACAGCCCUAACUGUAACCGCUGGCUCACUCUCCCUCUCCUCCCAUCCCCAAUCCGCCACCUCGCCCACUUCGGAGCCGUAACAACCUCCGGGAAGCUCUUAGUAUUAGGCGGAGGCAGCGACGCCGUGGAUCCGCUAACCGGCGAUCACGGCGGUACCUUCGCUACGGACGAGGUGUGGUGUUACGACUUUGUGGAGAGACGAUGGGGGCCACGAGCGCCGAUGCUCGUUCCUCGCUCUAUGUUCGCGUGCUGCGUUCUCCAAGGGAAGAUUGUUGUUGCUGGAGGAUUCACCACGUGUCGAAAAUCGAUCUCGGGAGCUGAGGUUUACGAUCCUGAGAGUGACGUGUGGAGUUCGAUUCCUGAUCUCCACAGGACUCAUAACUCGGCGUGUUCGGGUUUGGUCGUGAAAGGUAAGGUUCACGUUUUGCAUAAAGGGUUAUCGACGACGGUGCAGGUUCUUGAGAGUGUUACGUUGGGAUGGGACGUGAAGGAGUAUGGAUGGCCUCAAGGUCCGAUGACUGUUGUUGAGGGUGUGAGUUAUGUGUUGAGUCAUGGAGUGGUGUACAAGCAGGGAGGAGGUGAUGAGACGUGGAAGAUGGUUGCGUCGGCGUCGGAGUUUAAGCCGAGGAUUGGUAUGGCGAUGACCAGUUUGAGUGGUGAGGUUUUGCUUGUGGGAGGUGUGAUUGGGCCUGAUAGGGAUAAUUGGGAUAUUAAGCAGAUGUCGGAGGUUGAUGUUUUGACUGUUGGGAGUGAUCGUCCGGUGUGGAGGAAGGUUGCUCCGAUGACUAAGUGCCGUGGUACGGUCCUUGGUUGUACGCAGUUGACAAUGUGAUGGGAGUGUGAUGUUAAGACUCUGUUAUUCUUUGUUUUGUAUGUCACGUUUUCCUUUUCUUUUUGUGUGUCUUUGUUUUGUUAUAGUGUUUUUACUGUUGUUUCAAAAUACUCUUUUGUAAGGAAAUAGGUAAGGUUAUUAGAUGACAGUAAGGCUGUGUCAAUGGGACAUGAGGCAGAUAAGAGGUGUAUCACUGAGAACAUGCACAUAACAUGCAAAGAAGACAUUCUCUGGCUUUUACAAA